GAACACAAUGUGCAGGGCGUUCGAUAAAUACGGAUCCAUAAAUCAGACAUUUGUCAAUGCUCUAUCGCAGGUUCUACGACAGGCUAAUGACGAGAUAGUAGCUUUACCACACUUUCAGGCGAAUGCCAUGUUGGCUACGUGUGCAGGCUUUAUGUCCUACAUAAAGAGAUGGACCCGACUUGAAGCCAACGUAAAGGCGAUGAUCACCUCAUUUCUUAAUCAACCCGGUAAUAUGGACGCUGCUAGGAUGGGACUAAUCCCAAAGAGCAUUUUCACUAUGUUAGACUCGAAUUUUGCUAUAGAGAUAUAUCCAGCGUUGCCAGUCGACGUGAAACAAGUUAUUUGUAGAAACCUGGGUAAAGAAGACUGCAUCAUACGGAGUUCUAUUCUUGAUAACCUGCAAUGCCAGUCAAUUCUAUUGUCUAACGGGGGAACUCCUACUGAGGAUGACAUGGAUUCAAUACUAAACUUAAAGGACUUCGCUAACUGGAGCAAAGACACGUGGGUCAUAGCGUUCAACUACACCGUCAGGAAGUUGUCAAUGAGACAUUUUGAGGUAGCUCCCAUCGAUGUUGUUCUUGACAGCAUGAAGACAUUGAGCAAAUCCUGCGGAAAUUUUUCAUCAGAAAGUAUUGGUAUCAUAACAAAACGGAUCAUAGCUAACGUUAGAAGCCUGUCGAGUAUCCCAGCUGACAUGGAUAGUACGUUGAUGGAUCUCCUACAACAAUGUGGAGCAGACCCAAGCAGUUUUAGGACACUUUACGACGAUUCCAUGAUCCUGUCUACGAUGGAUGUUAGCAAAACAUCUCCCGGUAACGCUAUGAAAUUUAUUGAACACAUUCCUUCGUUUGAUCCAUCAACACUUAGCCGCGAGCAGAUACCCAGACUUGUGAAUGCAAUGAGCAGAAAACAACUAAAACAACUCAAUGCAACUGAGAUGGAGCAUGCACUCUGUAUUUUGUGUCAGACGACGUUUGACAGACUUGAAAAGGGAAAGAAAAGAACGGUGACAGACGUAUUCCGCAGGAAACUGCCUACAUAUACGGAUCCAGUGACUUUGGAUGAUACAAAGGCUGCAUGUAUGGAAUGCAUGAUACCGUAUUUUCCCGCAUCUGACUUUAGACAUAUUCCGACUGCUGUUAUAGAAGGAAUGGUGUCUGGUAACGUCCUACAGCAAAUGGACAUAACCAGCAGAGUACAGGCUCGGACAUUUAUGUCUUUAACAAGAACAUUGUACAACAGAGCAGACGGAAAAUUCACUAGUGAAAACCUUUGGCAGAUGGGGCCACGUGUGUGUUUAAAGGCCUUGAACGCCACUGAUUAUGAGGCCAUCCCCGACAGUUCAUUUGACGAGUACUUUUUAGACUCAUUGGACGAGAGUCUGCGGGAAGAGGACAGUUUAGAAACCAAGGCUGUCAUGAAUAAACUUAAAAGCAAGUUCCAGAAGCAACUUGGAACGAAGAAAUUGUUGCAAUCGAAAUUUGCGUCUUUGAUAUCACCAGCCGAUAUUGAGAACAUGACUUCCUCUGACAUUUUUGAUAUCGAGAAUGGUGAAUAUACUCUAGAGGUUUCUCCUAAACAGUCUAGAAAUCUGAUGAAAAGGAUCAAACAGGAACGCGAAUCCAAUGACUUUGAUCUACAGAGCGUACAGAAUCUGGGACCGUUGAACUGCGGGUUCACAAUUUCUGAUAUCGAACACUUUCCAAAGGACAGCUCCUUCGUUGAGAUACUCAAUGCCAUUGGCAACAACGAGUGUUCCGGACAGAUAAGAGAGUUAUACAGACUGAGAAAAGACUACAUGGGGUUUGAUAGCAUUUCAGCGGAAACCUUGACAGCGGACACAACCCCCGCCACAAUAAGUGAUAUAUCGCCACCAAUCCUCCUCAUGCACAGUCAGGACGAACUGAAUAAGUACGGUACUCAUGUGUGUACAGAUAUCGUAGGGACACUGCAGACUGUUGAUACUAAGAAACUACUAACAAAAAAAGAGCUUCAAGAUAAAUGGAACUAUUUUGCCGCAUGUCAGAGUAAACAGACAACUGGCACUUUCUCAGGAGACGAAUUAAACUUGGCUGGUAGUUUAUUGUGCGGAAUUAACGAAGCGGGUAUCCGUCGGAUAGAUUCCACGGCGAUUGAGGCGACCAUAAAAUCCCUUGACGGAUGUACGACACUGGGUAAGACGGAACGUGACGCAGCACUUUCCGUCUAUACAUCACACAAGCAAAUUACGAGUGGUGCGCAGGUUAAACCAACAACAUUAAGAGAUAUAGGAACAAUGGCGGCUGCUCUUUCAAAAACAUCCUUGACACAAUUCUAGAUGAAACUAUGGCUGAAAGUGUUCCUUUUUCUAUGGAAGCGAUUAAGGAAAAGAGAACAUCACAAGAUAUAAGAAAAAAAGCGGGAUUCAAAAACGAUAUCAAUGAGGAUGAACAAAAAAAGUUCGAUGAACAAGAAAAAUAUUUCAAGGAAAAAG